AUGAAUAAAGAUGAUAAAGAUGAUUUAUAUGAUUGCUUAACAGAUAGAAAAAAUAAAGAAAUAAAACAAGACUUAAAAGCAAAUGAAGAAAUAAAUGUAGAUAAUUUCAUUAAUGUGGAUGAUAAAAAAGAGAAAGAAAAUGAUAUCUUAGAAAUAUAUGCUUUGGUAAAUAGUAAUAGUAAAAAUAAUGAUAAUGAAAACGAUGAAAGUAGUAACAUACAUAAUAAAAAAAACACUAAUUAUCUAUUUCAUUUAGCAGAUGAUAAAAAGAAAAAUUACAAUACAAAUAAUAGUUCAAUAAGUUCAUAUAAAGAAGAAAAUGAAAUAAUAAAUAUUAAAUUAGAUCAAGAAAAAGGAUAUAGGAAAAAUUCUAUAGAUAUAUAUAAUACCAACACUAGUUUAAUAAACGAAAAGUUAGAUACAUUUAUAAAUCAUAGCGCUGAUUCUUCUACUACUAACACCAAUGAAAAUAAUAAGAAGGAUAUUUAUAAUAAUAUUAGUAAUAUUAACAAUGGUAAUAACAUUGAUUAUGAUAACAAUAAUGAUGAACACUUAAAUAGGAAAAAUAGCUCCACUGAUAACUAUUUUAAUACAUCAAAUAAAAACAAAAUACCACUAAAUGUAAGUGUUUUAAAAAAUAAGGAAAAUGUAAAUAAUAUGAACAACACGAAUGCCUCUAAUCUUAUUUUAGAUAUAGAUUUAUUAACUAACAAAAAUGAUAUAACAAAACUUUACCAUAGAGAUACACACAACAUUGGAAAUAAAGAAUUUACAAAAAUAGUAAAUAGUUUCAGUGAGUUAGAAUCUUAUAAAUCAAAUAAUUCCAAUUCGAAUUUAUGUAAUAUGAGUAAUGAAGAUAAAAAUACAUUUUCUUUUAUUAAUGUCAUAAAUAAUUUUAAAAAUGAAAUUGAGAAUGAGAAUAAAAAUAUUUUUGAAUCUGUUAGUAAAAAGGGAUUGAUGUUUAUAUUAACUAUACAAGAAAUUUUUAUAAGUAAAACUAAAAAAAUUUUAUGUAGCAAAUGUAGUGAUGAACUUCAUUCUUUUAAUAGUAUUAAUAAUGUAUUUAAAGAUAUACUAAAGUUAAAAAUAGAAAAACAAACAAAUGAAAUAUAUAUGACAAAUUUUUUACAAAAAUUAAAGCAAGAUUUUUUAAAAGCAAAUUUAUUUUUAAAAGAAAAAAUAAAUGAAAAAAACAUGAUUAUAAAUAAUUUAAAUGAAGAUAAGAAAGUUCUUAGUGAUAUAAUAAAGAAAUAUGAAGAUAAUAUCUAUAGAAUGAAAAAUGACGAAGAAUUAAGAAUGUCCAAAUUUAAAAUAAAUAUUCAAAAUAACUUCUUGAAUUUCACUGAUUUUGUUUUUCAAUUGUUAUUUAAAAUUUAUUCUUUAUUUUGUGAGAAAAAUGAUAAAUUACAAUUUUUAAUCAAUAGAUUAAAGCAUUUGCAACUAGAGAAAAAAAAAAUAGAUAAAAAAAAAAAAAAAGAUAAUCUUACUAGUAACAACAAUUUUGAUGGUAAUAGUAAUAAAUUAAAAAAAAUAAGAAAAGAAAAUAAAGAAAACUAUUUAUCAUCUUUCUCAAUGGAUUCUUCAAAAAAAAAUUUAUCAGAAAAAAGUGUAAAUUCAGAAAAUUCUAGUAUAUAUAUAUCUAAUGAGUUAUGCUAUUCUGAUAUAACACAUAUGAAUAAAAAUAAUUUUUUAAGCAAAAAAAAAAUAAAUAAACUUAAAAAAAAAAAAAACAAACAAAAAAAUCCUAAUCAAAUGAUAAUGAAAAGAAGUAUAUUAAAUGAAAAUGAAGUUAAUUCAAAUAGUUCUGAUUUUAAGGAAAAGGGAAAUUCGAAUUAUAUAAAAAACAUAAAUGAAGAUUACACUAAUAAAAUAAAAUUUUUACAAAAAACCAACAUAAAACUAAAUAAAAAAUUAAAAAAAUAUAAAAAAAAGUAUUCGGAAGAAGAAAAAAAAAAUAAAACUUUAAAAUUUCUUCUUACUAAUAAGGAAGAGGAAAUUGAACAAAUACAAAAUAACCAAAAAAAUGAAUUAGAAAAAAAGGAAAUUUUUUAUGAAGAGAAAGAAAAAAAAUAUAUAAAGGAAAUAAAUGAACUUAACUAUUUAAUAGAAAAUCAUGAAUUAAAUAAUAAGCAUUUAAUAAAAAAAAAUAAGGAGUAUAAUGAAUUAAAUGAUGAUUUAAAAAAAAAAUUAGAUUUCACUUUAUCAGUUGAGAAAGAAUUAAAUAAUAAAUUAUAUGAAUUAAAUAUUAUGUAUGAAAAAGAAAGAGAAAAAAACAGUUUUUUAUUAUCAGAAAAUAUCAAAUUAAAAAAUACAAUUCUUCAAUUUAAUGAUAUACAAAAAUUUAACUCAAAUUAUUACAAUAAAAAUAAGGAUAUAGGAAAAUACAAUUUUAAUAAUUUAAAUGAAAAUAAUGAACAAAAUUUAUACAAUAAUCAGGAAGAUAUUUAUGAAAUUAUUUCUAAAAGAUAUUUAAGAAAUAACAAAAAUAAAAAUCCAUAUGAAAAAUUUGAUUAUAAUAAUGAUUACCAUUUAAAUGAUAAGAUUUAUCAAGAAAAUUAUUUAAAUUACUCAAGUAGAAUAUAUGAUCAAAAUGAAAGAAGAAAAAUGGACAAAAUUUCUUUAGUUAAUCAUAAAAAUAAAUAUCAUUACAAUCAAAAUAAAAAAGUUUACGAUACAAUUUUUAAUAAUAACCCUAGAGAUUAUUAUAGAAAUGAUCAUGAUAAUUUAUAUAGAAAUUAUAAAUUAUACUCCUCAUGUUAUAGUGAUAAUUCAGCCGAUAUAAGAAUCAAAAGAAAGAAAGAUAAUUUAAAUUUAAUAAGUAAGAAAAAUAAUAUUAACAAUAAAAAUGAAGAAGAAUAUAAAAAAAAAAAAAUGAAAGAGAAAGAAAAAAAAAAAAUGGAAAAAAAAGAAGAAAAAAAAGAAGAAAAAAAAGAAGAAAAAAAAAGUAUAUCAAAUCAAAUAAAGAAUGAUAUUUUAAAUUUUGAUGAAAACAAUUAUAAGAAAAUAAUAAAUAAUAUAACCAAAGAAGAAAAAGAAAUAGAAAAAAUUAAAGAAGAAGAUUUAUAUUCUAUAUUUAUGCAAAAUUGGAAAGAAUCGAAUAUAUAUAAUAAUGAUCAAAAUGAAUACUCGUUAGAUUUAUCUAACACAUUUAUAAAUAAUUUAAAUGAUAGUGGAAUAUUUAUUAAUAAUAAUGAUAAAAAAAAGGAAAACUUAGAAAAUGAUAUAAGUGAGAACUUAUAUAAAAAUAGGAAUGAAAUAGAAAACAUGAAUAAACAAGAAGAUCAUGAAGAUAUUAAAUUAAAUUAUAACAAUAAAUAUCAAGGGGGAGAAAAUGAGUAUAUUAUUAAUAAUGCUAACAAUAAAAGUAUUAAUAACGAUCGUGAAAAAUGUGAAUUAGGUAACUUUGGAAAACUUACAAAGAAUAUUGAUGAAGUAUUCAAUGAAGAUUUAGGAAAUACAAACAAAAAAGAUGUAAAUCUUAAAAAAGAAAAACAAUUUUUAGAUUUAGAAAAUAAGAAUGGUUAUAAUAGAAACAAUAGUGAUAAUCAUGAAAAUAAUUUGAAUGAUAAUAUAAAUAAAGAAGAAGAAAAAAGUCAAGCUUUGGAGAAUCAGGAAAAUGAAAUUUUAAUGACUUAUGAAACCUAUAAAAAAAAUAAAGAAAAAUAUAUGCAUGUAACUUUAAAAAAGAAGAGUAAUGAAUAUGAAAAUGGAAAUAAAAUUAUAAAAAAUAAAAAAAAUAUAUUAUUAUCUGAUCUUUUAAAUAAAGAGAAUAAUCUAAUUAAUUACAAAAAAAAUGAAGAAAAACAUAAUGAAAUUGAAACAGAUAAUUUUCAAAACAUAGAAAAUGAUAAUAAUGAUUUAAGAGAUGGAACACUUUAUACUACUAAUAAAAUGAAUCAUUACAAUGAUAUAAGUAUAAAUAAAAGCAUUAAUGAUAUAUAUAAAUCUUUAAGACAAGAUUAUGAUAAUAAGGAUUUAAAUUUUUUUCAAACAUCUAAAAAUGUCAUUGAAGCACCUAAAAAAAACGCCAGCAUUUUACUUAAUAACGAUGCAGAAAACUCUAAGUUAGAGGAAUUUUUUAAUUAUGAAAAUACAUCAAAGUUAGAAAAAGAUAAAAUAAAUAACGUGGUCGAGAAUAAUGAUGUGGUCUUUAAAGAAGGAAAUAAUAUAUCAAAGCAAAUUUUUAAAAGUGAAUUUGCUUUAGUUGAGGAAAUCAACAAAGAUAAAAUUGAAAAUGAUAAAUAUUAUCAAAGUAAUGUUUCAAAUAAUAUUUUAAAUAGUAAAAAUGAAUUUAAAAAUACAAAUUCUGAAAAACAUAAGUUAUUUCCACAUUCUCAUGAUUUAGAAAAAAUUGUUAAUGUAAUUGACUUUUCUCCAAAUGAACAAAUUGAAAGUCAUAUUGAAAAUUUUCAAUAUCCUUGUAACAAAGUAAGUCAAAAAAAUGAGUAUAACAAUGAGAUAAAAAGAAAUUAUAUACAAAAUGAUAACAAUCAACAAAACGAAAAAAAUUAUAUUGAUAGAUCUAAUUUUUUAAACAAAGAGAUGGAACAAUAUAAAAUAAAUCCAACUAUUCAAAAAAAAGAGAUAUGUGAAAUUACACCAAAAAAAAAAAAUCCUGGAGACAAAGGUGUCUUAAGUAGAAUAUUAAGAAAAAAAUAA